AUGGUACACGUAGCCAAAAAAGAAACAGUAGCGGGGAUUCCGAACUUUUGGCUUAUUUUCACGAAGAAUUCAUUAGUUCAUACGCAGAAGGGUGAAAUACAACCUCACGAUGUACCAAUACUCAGACAUUUGACAGAUAUCAGAGUUAAUCGGUCGGAAAAAUAUAUCGGGUAUACCAUGGAAUUCUAUUUCACACCCAAAGAGUGGUUCACCAAUAACGUAUUGGUCGUUAAGCAUGUACAAACAUAUUUGCACAAAAUAUUUUAUAAUAAUGUUUAUAUUCUAUCACCUCAUAAAAUAAAAAUCAUAUUCGUUAGAACAGGCUGUGAAAUUCAUUGGAAUGGAGGAAAGAAUGUGAUAGAAACUGUUGAGGGUCCAUAA